ACUAUUUCUAACUUUUUAAUCUGCUUGUUUAUCUCUAUCGCGAGUACGUUCGUAUUCCGAGAUUUUCACAAGGAAAACUCGGAAUUUAUCGGCUGUAAACUUUGGAGCUGAUUUUCACUUCAAUGUGUCGAUAAUUUUUUUAAUUUUCUCUCCUUCAUCUUUUACUUCUUCUUCCUUUUCUUUCCUCUUGCCGAGACGCUAAUCAAAUAAUUAAAAAAUAAUCGUAAAGUAAUUUCUUUCAAGAGGAUUAUGUGAUUUUGAAAUCAGUGCUAAAUCGUUUGUGCAGGAAGAGAGAGAGAGAGAGAGAGAAAGAGAGGGGGGACAACGAAUGAUAAAUAUAAAUAAACAUAAAUUAAAAGAGAAGAUAAAGUAUCAAGUGUAAUUGAAUUGUAUCUCGAUAAUAUUCUCGUUUCGUCACGUGACACGUAUCUUCACUAUACUAUAUAUCUAUAAUAAGGAGUAACAAAUAAUAGCGUGAUAAAUUCACGUAAAUUUAUAAAUAUCCGUGGUACGUAUAACCUGUAUCGUUGAGGCGUGAAUAGUUGAUGACGGAAAAGCUCGCGUAACGUAAAUGUGAAGUUGCAACAAUAGUAUCUCAUCUCCCGGUACCUUGUAUUAUAUCUAUAAUGUACGACGUGAUUAAAUGUAUAGCGACGAUACGCGGAACCGUUAUAUACAAGGAUAACGAGUAACCCUUUCGGGUCACGUUCCGGGAGCCUGUGUAACGAGAAAUUGGACAUAUGUUGAGGGAGCGAUAAAAUGUUUAUGGUGUUUUAUUCGUAUAAAAUAACGAAAAUUAUCCGCAGAGUGUGAGAGUUUAUUGAAUAACGAUACCGUAAUUCACAUUUCGAAGUCGAUGAAGAUGCGGUGAAAUUGGACGCAGGUAAAUAAACAUAUACGUAUGUAUAAAUGAAACGUUAAUACGCCAUUCGAACGUAACGAAUAAUUAUAACAAUAUUAACACGGAUGCAACAUAACGAUAUGCAAAUUAAGCUUGUCAGAAUACGUGUUUUAUCCAUAUAAAAAGUACGCUUAGACAUUGCCUGGGCAAGAAAUGAUAUCCGUAUAAAGGUAAUACCGGUCUCUGGAUAUUGCGGAAAAGUUUGUUCACCGAGUUUCGCCGCGGAAUCGCCGGGUGAAUUUCGUAAUCUCGAACUAACACGGGGCAGGGGAAGGGAAACGACACCGCAGUUGAGGAAUGGAAAUGAAAAAUAUUCAAUCUUAAAACUUAUACUUUGAGGACUCAGUCGGGAGUCUGGCUCGGAGUGAAACCCUAGUGAAGUACCUAAAGCGGGAACAAGUGAACCGAACUCGGACGGCCGAACGAAUAUCGUUCCUUGAAUAUUCAAUACCGUCGCGGGUGCUCAGCAGGAAGCGGAAGUUGGCACCGUCACCUUGAUCAGAUGAAGCAGUAUCUCAUCCCAAGGAUCUCGCAGACCUGAUCAUCGAUCCCCGAUCCAGGUGCCAAGGACCGCGGCGUAAUCGGAGCUCGAGAUAGACGCAGAGGGAGGAAAUUGCCUCGAGGCCUACUCUAGUUCUCCGCUCGAGGGUGACCGCCGCCCUGGAGGUAGGAACCUUUCUUCUCUGAUCGCCGCUAAAGGACAUGAUCCUGUGAUUACGACACCUCGACUUCAUCAUCCGACAGCUCAAAGAUCGAAAAUGUUUCGUCUACCCUGGGUGUCGAGACGUCACAGUGCCUCGAAGCUGCAUCUCGUAAUGCUGCUGGCGGCGGUACUGAACUCGGUCGAAACAGCAGCGACCUUCUGCCCGAACGGAUGCGACUGCGACGACGAGACCCUGGUGGUCUCCUGUGUCCAGGCGAACCUCGAGGUCAUACCAAUCGCCCUGAACCCCUCGAUACAGAGGAUAGUGCUGAAGGAGAAUCGGAUAAAAAUCGUCGACGCUGCUUUCCAGUUCUACGGUGACCUGAGGAACGUUGAUCUGUCGAACAACCACCUCGUCACGAUACCGAACAACAGUUUCGAGGCCCAGAAACAGCUCGUCGAGCUCCACCUGAAGCACAACAAAAUCUCGGCGCUGACCGAACGGACGUUUCAGGGACUCAAGUCCCUGACGGUGUUGAACCUGCGGGACAAUUACCUGGAGAUCCUGAAGAACGGCCUCUUCACGUCGCUGACCAAACUCGAGGAGCUCGAUCUCGGUCAGAACCGUAUAUCCAGGGUGGACCCCGAGGCUUUCCAGCGACUCGGUUCCCUCAGGGUUCUAUACCUCGACGACAACCAGCUCAGGGGCAUUCCGUCCCCUGCGCUGAGCCCCCUUAACGCUCUCGCCGAACUCCACAUCGGCCUGAACGCCUUCUCGUCGCUACCGGACGACGGUUUCAACGGGCUGAGCCGACUCGCCGUCCUCGACGUUACGGGGGCCGGACUGGACAACGUCAGCGAAGGGGCAUUCCGGGGUCUGAACGCCCUGAGGAACCUCAAACUCGGAGGCAACAAGCUGCGGGAAGUGCCGACGAGGCAGCUGGCCACUCUUCCUCGGCUUGAGGACCUCACCCUCGGACAGAACGAUUUCACCGCGCUGAGAGCCGGCGCCUUUCACGGUCUCUCGAACCUCAAACGACUCGAAGUUUGCGGCGCGAAACUCCUGACGACGGUGGAACGCGGGGCUUUCAACGACAACGCGAACCUCGAGAGCAUAUCACUGAACAGCAACAAGCAGCUGGUCAGCAUGGAGGACGGCGCCUUGGCCGGACUGCCAAACUUGAGGCACCUCAUGCUGCGGGACAACGCCUUCGUCACGUUCUCCGAAUCCCUCGUAGCGUGGGGCGAGCUCAGGCGAUUGGACCUUGGUGAAAAUCCGCUGGUCUGCGACUGCGAGCUCCACUGGUUGUCGGAGGUCCUGGCAGCCAGAAACUCGACGCCGGUGGUAUGCGCCGAGCCUCAGGAUCUACGGGGCAAGUCCCUGAAGGGAAUGGCGCCGGACGAGCUGGGAUGCGCCUUCUCGGACCCGAGGCGACAGGCCCUGGUCGCGACCCUGGGAGGUGCCGGACUCGUACUCUUCGCCGGACUGGCGCUUCUCCUGUAUUACAGGUGCAGGCGGCGGGUACGCGACGCCUUGAAGGACUACAAGAACCGGGCGAUAUCGCGGAAGGAGCACGAGUACCAGAAGACCUUCUCCGACGACGAGUACAUCGUCAGGGCGGCUCACGCCCAGCAGCAGGCCCAAGUUGCCGCAGGCAUAAAACCGAUACCGGUUACCGAACUGUAGCUAGAACUCAGGGCUGCGAGCCCCGGCAACGGCGGCGUUUGGUUCCUGCCACACGGUGGAACCACGCCUGCCGAUGGGUUCACCUACAUCGACGGUGAAACAGCGCGACAAAUGCGCAGGCCGGGGACGCUGCCCUGCUCGGGUGUACAACGGGGAACGAGCUCGGCUUCCGGUAACUCCAAUACCGGGACCAACAAUUCCGGUUCCCUUCACCAUCAGCAAAAGCAGCAGCAACAACAUCACCAGCAGCAGCAGCAGCAACAGCAGAAGGGAGACGUGACCUGCAACGGUAUCAAUGGUACCGCACCGAGGAUACACCACAUGGCGAAUCAUUCGCUGAGGCGGAAUCAUCAGGCAUCAUCCACUGUUCCCGCGCUUCCGGCACGCGGUGGUAACGAGAACGGUUCGCUGGUUGAAUCGGGCGGCAGAUCGUCGUGCAGGAGUUCGUUGCAAAAUGGCAUAAUACCCGGGCAUCCGCCGCCGCCGCCCCGAUCUCAUCCCCCCUCUUGUAAUCAGUCCUCUUAUCCGACUCUGACGGUAAACGGUCACACGCCGCAUCAUCAUUAUCAUCAUAGGGAGAGGGAGAGGGACAGGGAAAGGGAGAGAGAGAGGGAGAGGGAGAGGGAUCAUCAUCAUCAUUAUCAUCAGAAACACAGAGACGCCCUUGAGCAAGAUCUUCAGGAACACCGUGACAGGAAUGGGAUCAUUGGUACUUAUCGUGCCUGAAGUGCAUAUGAUUCUUUCGGUCUUUUACGUUCUUUUGUUUCUUUUUUCACUUUCUUUCAACGUAACGAAUGACGGCACGUUGCUACAAGUUAUUAUACAUAUAUAAUAAAGGGGUAUACAUAUUAUUAUUGGAUAUUAUAAGGAUAUAUAGCACAUAUACGUUGACGCGUUGUUUGUUGCUAUCAUACGAUGCUUCGAUAUGCGCGAUGAUGUGAGGAUUGAAGAGAAGCCGAGGGUCAGGAUAAUGAUGAUGAGGUGCGGAACCGCGUUGGAAACAGAAGACUGAAAGGUAAUUUAAACGAAACAAAAAGAAAAGAAAAAAUGAAAAAAAAAUACAUAACAAAUAAAUAAUUUAAUGAAGAAAAAGGAAAAAAACUGAAAAAAAAAUAAAUAAAUAAAUAAAAUAAAUAUAAAUGAGUAAGAAAUUUGAAGAUUGAUAAUAGGAUAAUAAUAAGCGAGUAAAAAAAGGACACGUUUAAAAAUGUAAUAAUGCAGUGCGGAAUCGUAGAAAGUUAGCUGUGACUGCACACACACACACACACACACACACACACACACACAUAUACUCCCACAAUACGUGCUAGGGUUUUCACUUAAUCUUGGACUGUACGUGAUAAGAGAGUAUACAACGUAUAUGAAUAUGUCAUUUUAUUCUUAAUACACGUGUACGUAUAAUGUGUACCGUGUAUACGCUCGGCAACGUGAAACUAUCCAAGUGUCGUUAUCGCUGGGCGAAGGUUUAACAACCGGUGUCAGAUGUGCCAAGGAGAACCUGGAGGGAUUAUCUCUGACCGGAAUUCAACGGGUUGAUUUCCGUCGCCAUCACGCAACGCGAGCCGCGAUAUAUGCAGAGUUUAUAAAUACACGUACACGAAUACGUUCCGACUGCGUACGUGCGAAUCUAAUUCAAUGCUGAUGAGAAAUUUACGAUUAAACCUACGUUCAACCUUAACUGCUUAAUUCGAAUCUGUGAGUGAUUUUUUAGCGUGUAUAUAUCCUUUUUUUCUUUUCAUCUCAUUUUCGGACAUGGCUUUGUUUCGAGCUUUAUUGUUUUAUUUUUUAUUUACUUACUGUGUUUUUUUUUUCUUCUUUUUUUUUUCUUUAAUUGCCUUCAGUGCUUGAGUUGGUUUGAAUAUUUUACCGUUGUCAAACUUGAAUCAACAAUAAAUCGAAAAGUUUUAAAAUUGAAAAGAGAUAAAGAUACAUACAUAAAGGGCGUCGUGUAACAUAGUAAAGCUGAGUAAUAAAAUUUAUUAAUAAUAUAAUAAAUAAUCGUAACUUACGCAUACGUGCGAUAUAUGUAUAUGUAAAAUUGAUAUUUAUUCUAGACGGUCGACCUAUUUUCUAAAACACCAAUAAUUGUCUAUUAGCGAUUUAUAAUGAGGAGAGAAAACAUUGUAUAAUAUUAUAUAUAUACAUACAUGUAUACAUAAUAUAGUUUAGGGUUAAAAAACACAAUUCCCUGUCGAAGGAAACAUACGGGCCCGUCAUAAACGUGUGUAGAUAUUGCCAGUUGUCGAUCAUUCCUACAUUAUUUUUAAUUUUUAAUAUACUUUUUUUUCUCUUUUUUUUUUAACUCGUACAUUGCAUGAAAAAAUCUUCUCAUCCUUUCCUUUUUUUGACCGACUAAUUUAUACUCUGUAAUUGUUUUUUAUUCGCGCUUACGUGCAAAAUUGUUUCGUACGGAUAUAAUUAUUUGUCCUUCAAUUCAUUUUCGUCGUUUUAUUCGGCUUUCAAGUUGAUUUGUCAACGUUUAUCUGGGAAACAAGAUAUUUUGCAUUUACCUAUAACGGAUAACAUUAUUUCUUGGCUGGAGUGUACUCGGUGGAAUUCCAUCGCCAUCUUGGGUGAGAAAAGGUGAUUGCACCUUGAGCUAAGCCACGGAGCAGGAAGAAUUGCGAUCAGUGCUUUACUUAACCUGCAGCGAGAAUUUUCUCCUCUAUAAAUGUAAUCAUGCAUUUAUUUGUCUUGUUGUCUUUGUUUCCUUUUCUUUUUGGUACUUUAUUUUUUUACACAUACAAUUAUAUAUAUAUUCUUUUUACGUCAGUCAGAUGAGAAGCAAAGGAAAAAGAAACUAUCGCUAGGUUUUCUCUGAUAUUACCUCAUGGAUUAUACAAAUUUCACUGAUCUUUAGAUUGUUUUGCUUGUAUGACUGGGGUAAGAAUUAUAUAAGGGGAAUAAAUUUGAAAAAAAUACCGAUAGGAUACGGAGACACAUAAGACUAAAUUGAAAUUUCGUAUUUAGGGUGCUCGUUUAAUAUUUAUCGUCUUUUUGAAUAACUCAAUUAAUGGAAAGGAAAAAGACGUUCGUAAAAAUUCCAAUGAAUAAUUGAAAGAGACUAUAUAAUAUUCAAACAACAAAUAAAUUUUAACUGAAAUUAAAAAAGUGACUAAAUAAAUUUAUCCAUAAUAUCACGUCAGAUUAAAAUUGCGCUUCAAAACGAUCGAGUUCUUAUCUGAAGAUCGAUAAAUGGUUACAUCGUUUAUUCGGCGUACAUUUUUUCUUCAUUUAUCUUGUCAAUCUUCAGCCUGGGAUUUUCGUUAUCAAGUAUUAAAAUCGCGUACCGUGUAUACCUUAGUUUAUAUCGUGUAUUGCACUUUUUUGUCUACAAAUUUUCAUACAAAACCCGUUGAUAUACAUAGAUAGACAAUAUGAAAAUUCACACGAUCUUACAUGUUACAUAAAUGGUAUACAUAUUCAAUAGAACAAUUUGAAUGAUAAAGUAAAUAAAUAUAUAAUACAACAGACAAUUAUUUAAUAAGAAAAAAUGUUUUCAAUCUUGAAGAUGAAUCUCAGCAUCCGCGGAUGUUUGCCAUAUAUCACUGCCGUUGUUUUGCGCAUUUCAUUUACCAGAUAGCGGCAUGCAAAAUACGUCUUGAAUUGCGAGGUCGAGAGAAAAAGAAGCAGAGAACAAAUCGAAGGGUCAAAAAAUUAUGCAAGUAUGCGAAUAAAAAGAAAAUAAUAAAAAAAUAUAUAUAUUACAAUAUACCAAGUGAAAAUUAUUAUACGAGGAGAUGUCGUCUGUGUAAAUUUGAUCGUUUUGUAAUGCUAGUCAACCAAUAGAAGUUGAAGAAUAAGUCGGUGAAGAUUAUAAUGUUACGAUUAAAUCUAAAACUAAAUUAAGACCGAAUGGUAAUAAUAAUAAUAACAUUAAUAAUAUUAAGAAUAAUGAUAAAUGAUGAGGAUAUUAAAUUAUUGUACAAAAUUUAUUAUUAGCAUGAGCGUAUAAUAUGCAUUUACGAAACAAAAAAUGGAAUAAAGAUGAAAAUUGAAAAAGUAAAAUAUCGGUCUAGGUUAUGAUUUAUCGUUUGUAACGCUAUAUUAUAAAUAAACUACUAUCUUUAUACAUAGGUACGUAUUUGAUAUUGAAAUCGGCUCAUCGCUCCUAUUAUAUCAUAUAUAUUAUGAAAUGCACACAUUAUCGUUCUUAUAUCUAUAACAACACUUCUCUCUUACUUUCUUUCGAAAUUUUUUUUUUGCUCUCCAUUACUUGGUUUUUUCUCGGUGUCGUGUACUUUUCUACAUAAAUAUCCAUAUGAUACUUUCACGCUGCAUGCAUUUCACUUGAGAUCUUACUGCUUUCGCAGAUAGCUUUUCUCAUUUUUGUAGAAUUGUUUUUUUCUCUCUUAUUGCUAGAAUAAAAUUUGCAGAGAAAAGAGCGAAACCUUUUCAUCUUUCAUCGAUGUUCAAUAAAAGUGUUUUGUUAUUUCCAACAUAACAAACGUGGAAGCUCAAUAUUCUUUAAGGUAUUUCAAAAAAGACAUAUAGUUGUUGUACAUUCGUGUAAUAAAGCAUUAUUAAAAAAAAAAAGCACAAGCCUUAACGACAAAGCAAUAUACAGUCACACUGAACUGCUUGUAAAGAUAUUUUCAAAAUUAUAUCGUCAUAUGCUGACUUGACUAUUCACGUUCAAAAUCGAUCUAGGCGAUGUUAAGUUGUUUCAUAUAUAUAUAACAUAUUAUGUAGCCUAAUCAUUAAUUCACUAAUUCAGACUUUUGCGACAGCUGCGAAUAAUCCAUGGUACAUAACACAUACACACAUACACAUACACAUGUGUACGUUAUACAUGUCACUUAAAUUAUUAUCGUAGGCAUAUUGAAUCUGCUUAAAGUCAAUUUAUGCUCCGUUAUUCUUUUAUUACUGUUAUUUAGUUUGUUUUUUACCAUUUCAAAUAUCAUUCAAAGCAUUUUUUCUACAGCUGAGCGAUGAAUUCUUGUAUUCCGUUUUCGCUUCAACUUAUGUAUUACUUUUUAUAAAUUAUUGAGAAUGAAAAAUAAAACCGCAAUGCAGGGAGCAUAAGUCUGACUUUAAACUAGUUUAGUACAGAGCUAUUCUUUAUCACGCAUAAGGUAUGUAUGUGUAUUAAGGAUCAUAAUUUUUACUUGGAUUUACAUUCUUUACCUGAACUCAUCUCUUAACGCUGAACGUAUUGCUGAACAAGAAAUAAACUAAUAAACGAUUUUCACAUACUCUGCAAAUCUUAGGAAGGAAGGACGGAAGGAAAUGAAAAUUAUCGAAAAAACGGAAGCAGUGACGAUUACAAAACUUUGCAGUCUCGCUACGGUUUACUUGAUUUCUCUUUGCGGUAUAGACGCAUAGACUACCGAGUCUUGAAUUCUCUUAUCUUAUAUCUCAUAAUCUAUCGGUGAUGUAAAUAGUCGAACGGAAGGAAUAUAUCUAUAUCUCACUCUUAAGAGGAAAAAAAAAAACUCGAGUUAUUCUGUACUUUCGACAUAAUAUAAGUCCACGACUUGGGUGAGCAAAUGCAAAUACUCGGAUAAA